UCUGUAUCGCGGGCUCAGUCCGUAUGUCGGCCAUCUUGUCUGGACUCGACUUUCCCUAGAGGCUGUGUGUUUUUCGUCUAUAAUGCAAGGAUACUGAGAUAUAUUCGAAGAUGCCAUCUAUUCCGUGGAAGCCUUUCGGUGCUGCUGUUGCCCGUCCAAGAAGAUUCCCGAAAAUUCGCCGAGGAAGCAAAAGACAGCCUCUUCCAACUGUGGACGAGUGGAAAGUUGUGCGUGGUGACACGGUCGUAAUCUUGGCUGGUAAAGACAAGGGAAAAACAGGGUUGGUGACAGAUGUAAUACGGAGCAAGAAUCAUUUGUAUGUCAAGGGUAUGAACACACAUCAGCGCUACUUCAAGCCCUAUGAUGACUUCCAGGGGGGUUUCUUUCCUAGUGAAGCCCCUCUUCAUUACAAAGAUGUCGCCCUAAUUGACCCAUCAGACAAAAAACCAACAGAUGUUGCUUACAGAUACACAGAGAAGGGGGAGAGGGUCAGGGUCUCAGAGCGCACGGGGCGCAUCAUCCCUAAACCCACAUGGGAGAGAAGGGACUGGAAAACAAGAUCAGCUGUAAAAGAUGGCGACCAUGAUACCCUUGCAAGUGCGGCAUCCAGGAAUUCAUACAUUCCCUCCCUGCUGCACUUUCACGAGGAGAUAAUGAAGGCUAUGAACAUCCCUCCUACCAUACCAAAAGCACAGGAAGACCGCCGGGACCUCAUGCUGAACGCUAUCGCGGAGAGGCGUGGCUAUGAUUUGUUGAAAGCAGACCCUGACAGGAGUUCACUUGGACUGUACGAUAGAACUGUCUUGUUCGUUCUGGGAGUAAAGGAUAAAGUUACUAAGCCGUUUAAGAGGUAGUGAGGCGAAGAAGUAAAAUAGUUUUAAUUACGAGUUGUAUUGUAAUUCAGUGAAAACGUUAGUCUAAAUAAAAAAUACUUUUCUCGAG